AUGGGGUUGUUACAUUUCCUGCAGACCCGAUCUGGGUUUAAAGUCGACAAUAGAAAGACAACCUCGGCGGCAACCCUCACCUUACGCCAAAGUCUGUGGCCCUUGUGUCUCGUCACUAUUCUUUUCUUUUUAUGGGGGUUCGCCUAUGGGCUGCUGGAUACACUCAAUAAGCACUUCCAGAUCACCCUAGGCAUCACUCGGACGCGUUCUGCUGGUCUUCAGGCUGCGUAUUUUGGGGCCUAUCCGCUGGCAUCCUUAGGAUAUGCGAAUUAUAUGUUGCGUCAUUUUGGAUACAAGUCCGUGUUCAUUAUGGGAUUGGUUCUCUACGGCAUCGGCGCCCUCUGCAUGUUGCCAGCGGGCCUAAAUCGCUCAUUUGGAGGGUUCUGCGCUGCAACUCUCGUCAUUGGCUCGGGCUUAGGAUCUCUCGAGACAGCAGCCAACCCAUAUCUUGCCGUCUGUGGUCCACCAAAGUAUGCAGAGAUUCGAAUCAACCUCGCACAAGCUUUCAAUGGAAUCGGAACUUGCGUCGCCCCGGCUUUAGCAUCGUACGUGUUCUUCGCCGAUACUAGCGACGAUGUAGAUGCCCUCAAAAGUGUCCAAUGGGUGUACCUUGCCAUCGGCAUCUUUGUGUUUAUCCUUGCCGGGGUUUUUUUCGUUUCAAACAUCCCUGAAGUUACAGAUGAGGACAUGGCGUCCCAGGUUGCCUCCACCCAUGCUGGCGAGCAGGAACAGCCUUUCCGGAAACAAUACAAACUGUUCCAUGCCACUCUAGCGCAGUUCACCUAUACCGGUGCCCAAGUGGCUAUCGCCGGGUACUUCAUCAACUAUGUGACCGAAACGUGGCCCGGUACCGGGGAUUCCACCGCAUCUAAGUACCUGGCCGGCGCCCAAGGAGCCUUUGCCGUCGGCCGGUUCAUAGGUGCUUUCUUCAUGAGAUAUGUCAAGGCUCGUUGGGUAUUCCUAGUCUAUCUCUCCUGCACCGUGGCAUUCAUAGCAGCGUCAACCACUCAAGGAUACAAGACCGGCCUAGCAAUGCUCUUCCUCACUCUGUUCUUUGAAUCUGUCUGUUUCCCUACAAUCGUCGCCCUGGGUAUUCGCGGCCUUGGUCGCCACUAUAAGCGUGGCUCUGGGUUCAUCGUCGCCGGUGUUAGCGGUGGUGCCGUCGUGGCCCCGAUCCUGGGGCAUGUAGCUGAUAUGCGGAAUAACACUGGAUUUGCCAUGAUUGUGCCGACUAUGUUCAUGAUCGUCGCAUGGACGUAUGCCGUGGCGGUAAAUUUUGUUCCUGCGUACCGGGAUACGGUUGAUAAGACCGGGGAAAGCGAUGUCGGACUUCAAGCAGGGGGUGGUGUUCCCAAGGAGGAUGUCGAGAUUGGGGCCAUGGGUCGGUCAAAGGAGGUUGUGAUACACAGAAAGGAGAUCACGAUGUGA